AUGCCUUCAGAAGCCGGUCACCGACUAUACGUCAAGGGACGUCACCUGAGCUACCAGCGCUCUCGUCACACCACCCGCCCUGCUACCAGCCUGAUCAAGAUUGAGGGUGUUGAUGACACCAACGCCGCCAAGUACGUUAACAUGAGAGGAAUGUUCCCAGCAGGUCUGGAUACUGACAUUCGUGAUAGCUUCUAUCUCGGCAAGAAGGUUGCUUUCGUCUACCGGGGCCAGAAGGAGAUCCGCGGUACCAAGAUCCGCGUGAUCUGGGGCAAGGUCACCCGACCACACGGAAACUCCGGCGUGGUCCGCGCCAAGUUCACCUCCCCCCUUCCCACCAAGUCUUUCGGUGCUUCCGUUCGUGUCAUGUUGUACCCUUCGUCGAUAUAA